UGGGAGCAGAGAGCUGCCACAAUCAGCCCCCGGGGCUGGCCCAGGCUUGCAGACCCGAGCCCUGCAGAGCAACCCUGGGUGGCGCAGGCAAGCAGAAGAAAGGGGAUCUUUAUGCCUUUCUAAGCGAAGCACACAUUCUGCAAGGCUGUGGAAACAAAGAGAAGAUCUGUGUGUAGCCCUAGUCCAGACGUCCCAAACAAACAAUUCUCUGCAGCCCCUUCAAGGGCGGCAUGAUGCCCUUCACACUCCACCUGAGGUCCUGUCUUCCCUCUGCCAGAAGGUGUGUGAUUCUACAAAAGAAAUUAAGCAUCAGAAACACAUCCAGCAUGGCAGGAGGGCCCCGGCCAGCCAGCGUGGUGGUCCUGCCCAACUCCCUUGCUGCAGCCUUUGAAAGGUUCUGCCAGGCCAACCUUGGUCCUCUGCCCCUGCUGGGCCGAAGUCAGCCAGAAAAGUGGAUGCUGCCUGCCCCAGGCACUGUCCCAGACUCCAGAAUGGGCUGUCCCUAGUUCCGGAAAUACGAGUUCGGUGCCUGCACGGGCAGCCUGGCCUCGCUGGAGGAGUACUCGGAGCAGCUGAAGGACGUGGUCUUCCUCCUGGACUGCAGCUUCUCCCUGGAGGGGGCCUUGGAGAAGGUGGGGCUCCCCAGAAGAGACCCAGCAGGUCACGGCCAUAUAGGAGCAUACAAGACAACCGUGCCUUGCGCCACCCAUGCUGGCUUUUGCUGCCCUCUGGUGGUCAUGGGGAGGCCCGUUCCCAAGGACGAGCUGGGAAGGCUGGUCGGGGCCAGCUGCUCGCUCGGCGGGGAGCGAGGACAGCCUGUUCACAUCGGCGACCCAGAACUGUUGGGAAUCAAGGAACUUUCCAAACCUGACUACGGGGAUGCUGUGGUGUGUCAGCCAGGGGAUGUUCCGGUCUUCUGGCCUUCCCAGCUGACCAGUCUCGAAGCUGUCAGCAGCUGCAAGGCCUCACUGGCUUUUGCCAGCACGCCGGGUUGCACAGUUAUGACCGACCUGAAGGACACCAAGGCUCCAGACAGUCUUCUCGGCCCUGAGAGGAUCCCAGAGGUCCACUGCGUUUCCCAGGAUCCUUUGCACUACAGUGUCGCAUCAGCCCCAGCCGUUCAGAAGGUCCGAGAGCUGGAGGCCGUGAUCUCCAUAGACCCAGGCAGCCGGGGGAUUGGGCACCUGCUCUGCAAGGACGAGCUGCUGAGAGCCUCUCUGUCACUGUCCCACGCCCGCUCAGUGCUCAUCACCACGGGGUUCCCCACGCAUUUCAGUCACGAGCCUCCGGAAGAGACGGACGGCCCACCGGGAGCCAUCGCACUGGCCGCCUUCCUGCAGGCCCUGGAGAAGGAGGUCUCCAUGAUAGUUGACCAGAGGGCCUUGAACUUGCACCGGAAGCUUGUUGAAGAUGCUGUUGAGCAAGGUGUUCUGAAGACAGAGAUCCCAAUGCUAACCUACCAAGGUGGAUCAGUGGAAGCUGCCCAGGCAUUUCUGUGCAAAGACGGGAACCCCAAGUCACCUAGAUUCGACCACCUGGUGGCCAUAGAGCGCGCGGGCAGAGCUGCCGACGGCGGGUACUACAACGCCAGGAAGGUGAACAUCAAGCACUUAGUGGACCCCAUCGACGAUCUUUUUCUUGCCGCAAAGAAGAUUCCUGGAAUCUCGUCAACGGGAGUCGGUGAUGGAGGCAACGAGCUUGGGAUGGGCAAAGUCAAGGAGGCUGUGAAGAGGCACAUACGGAAUGGGGACGUCAUUGCCUGUGACGUGGAGGCUGACUUUGCUGUCAUUGCUGGCGUCUCUAACUGGGGCGGCUAUGCCUUGGCCUGUGCUCUGUACAUCCUGAAUUCAUGCGAGGUCCACGGACGCUACCUGAGGAAGGCAGUUGGACCCUCCAGAGCACCCGGGGAUCAGAGCUGGACUCAGGCCCUCCCAUCGGUCACUAAGGAAGAAAAAAUGUUGCGCAUCCUCGUGCAGCACAAGGUCCGGAGCAGAGUCUCGGGCGUCGUGGGCAUGGAGGUGGACGGGCUGCCCUUCCAUGACACCCACGCGGCCAUGAUCCAGAAGCUGCUGGACGUCACCACAGGCCACACAUCUGGUCUGCUCUGAGGAUCUUCCUAACAGUCGCUCAUGGGACACCAGCGGGCAGUUAACUGCCAGGCAGAGCACAGGAGUCAGCGUUACCAAGGCCUUGAAGAGCCCCCAGACUGCAGCAGCCACCCCCCGCCUUAUCCGCAGUUGCAGUUACCCAUGGUCAACUGCAGUC